GGCUCGAUAGUUGCUAGAGUGUGAGGAUUGCUCAGUAGUUGGUUGAAGCGUGAACGUUGGAAAGUUUUCGGCUUUUUGCGGUUCAAAAAACAAGUUUGAGGAGGUGUAACCAACUUUAUUUUCUAGUUGUUGCUUUGCUGCUGUGGUCUGCUAUCAGUUUUUCAUUCGUUUUUUGAUGCUGACAAAUUUGAAGAUAUUCGUUUUCUCCUUAAAUGACGUGGACUAGCACCAUGAGUAGUGGUUACAGUAGUUUAGAGGAGGACUCCGAAGAGUAUUUUUUCACUGCCAGGACAUCGUUCUUUAAGAAGCCUUCAGGGAAACCAACCCAGUGCAAGGAUGUGGCGCAGGAAAGGGAGUUACGGACUCAUCUCAGCAGAGAGGAGAUCAGACAGAAGGUCGAGCUGUACAACAACUCCUCCAAGGACCACCUCAAAAUGACCCUGAACCCCAGUGGUGUGUAUACAGGGUUCAUCAAGGUGCAGUUGGAGCUGAGGAGACCCAUCACCGUACGAGGAGGUGGGGGAGGAGAGGAGGCCUUCUACCUCCCCCAGGGGGCGACUAACACUCUUCACAUCAGCUCCAACAACACCAUACGACAGGUGAUCCAGGCCCUGUUGACCAAGUUCACCGUAGCUGACAACCCUGCUAAAUAUGCCCUGUACAAACGCUGCCGCAGGGAGGAGCAAGUGUACAUGUGUAAGCUGUCGGAGGGAGAGCAUCCGUUGUUCCUGCGUCUGCUAGCAGGUCCCAACACCGACACACUAGGCUUCGUCCUGAGAGAACAGCAGACUGGCGAGGUCAUGUGGGAAGCGUUCUCCAGCCCAGAGUUGAGUAACAUCCUGAGGAUGCUGGAGAAGGAGGAGACUGAGCGGGUGUGUUCCGUGACGCGUCGCUACGACAACUACAGACUCAAACUGCAGGAGGCCAUGAGCGCAGCAGGGGGGCCGGGGUAACUACUGCCCCUGGAGGAGAGGAGGAGAGAGGGCUGGGAACCAAAAGCCAGUCUGAGGGACACUGAGGGGGAAACUGGUCUAACCUGAUUCAGAAACUGGAGAGAGACAGAGAGCUGGAAUUAACUCCAGAUUGUACCAGUGUACCCUGUGUGCAAUACACUGGAUGGACAAUAGAGGGCAGCAGUGGUUCCACUGCAGUCAGCCUGGACUUCAUUCAGGAGCACUCAAGAGACUAGCUCCAUGUCUUUACUGAGUAGGCCUACACCCUGUGUGCCAUGUUCACUCUUCUGUUCACUCUUCUCAUCCUUCUGGUUAGUGCAUUCUCUCUAGUUAGUUGUAUUUUUAUUCUUUUAGAAUGACCUUUUUGAACAUGAAUGAUUCACACCAAAAUAAUUGAUUCAAUUUAUUUGUACUUUUUAUUUAAUUGGAGGAUGCGUUGGUUUGUACAUAUUGUAGUUUUAAUUUAUGUGGAUGACGCUUUGUUCUUUUUCUUUGCUGACAUGGUUUUGUGUUCUAUGAAGGCGUGGCAGCAAUCCAACCCCUAUAGGGUCCUAGUGUGCUCACUGAUUUCUCUCACAGGGGUUAAUGCACAGAAAACACAUUGGCAACAAAGGCUAGACUGGUUUAUCAUAGAAGUGACUCUGUAUUAAAGGUAACUGAGAUGGACAAGAUGAGUGAUUGUAUUUAAACCGAAGGUUCUGAUGGUCUUGAAAGGAGAAGCAUAUUUGGUGUAGAGUCAGUCACAAGCUGUUUAGGGUUUAGAGGUCAGAAUGGGAGUGUUACAGCUUGUGACCAGACUGACAGUUAGUGGAGUUUGAGCUGACUGCUCACCUCUGACAUCUGGACAUGCCGUGAGAACGGAAAGAUUUUAGGAAGUUGACUAAUGGUUUUAGAGGAAGUAGAAAAGAAACUUAGAAAGCUGUGUAAGAAAAAACAUGAGAAAUGAAAUGGAUGUGACAAACGAGGAUUUUUGGCGUUCCGUGUUAAGAGAUUGUCGAUGCCGAGAAAGUUCAGGGCCUAGUUUAAACCACCUCUGUUGGAGCCAGUGCCAGGCCUGUGGCCACAGAUAACAUGGUUAGGAAUAGCAGCAAAGGACAAUGGCUAUAUUGCUUUAAAUCAGCCUUCUGUUGCACCAGCGUGUGAACUCUGAACCCUGAAGCAAAGCUGCAUGUGUCAUGCUCUCUGCAUGGGACAUCCGGAAAUGAAUGUGCUAACAGACCAAAGAGACUAGUCCGUUAUCGUGGAGGUGAAGUCACAUGACCAUGUGUUCAUCUGUCUCCUUGACUAGGAGAGAGAGGCUAGAACUUGUUGCUCUGAGAAGUUCUUUGCAUUUUGCCUCCCUCUCCGUCUCUCUACCAGGGUUGUAUUCAUCUUCUGGUAGUUAUAGGGGGGGUCAUUUGAACCGAGACUGUCCAUCUAUUGCAAAGUACAUAAUUUCAAUGGACAGAGCAACAAGUGAGCGCAUUUUGGGCCAUCAACCAUCAGCACCGUAUCAAAACACACUGACCAAAUGCAAGAAUAUAUGUUGAAUUGGCAUGUUUUAAAAGCCUUGUUGUUUAUCUGCCAGUACUAUAUGACGUUUUUCUGAUGGUACUGCGUUAGUUGCCAUGUUUAUCUCUAUAGAAAGAGUAGUGGUGUGGUUAUAUAGCCCCACCUUAUGGAUAAAUGCUGUAACUGUCCUCUCGGUCUUCACCUGCGUCAAACUGUUUAUCUAAAGCCUGUUGGUGAUAUGAUGUGCUGUUGCUUUCUGUUUUCCUGUUCUAUAACUGAAGAUAUUCUAAAAUGUUUAGAUUUAUUUUAGGUUUUGCCUGGUGCAAGCUCUUAGAGGCCUCGUAAAAAUGAAGGGAAAAUGUUAUGGCUAGAGUUUAUAAAGGGUUACACACCCAGAACUUAAUUUGUUUAAUCACUGUGUUAAUGAAAUUAGAUAUGGUAAAAUAAUCUUUAUUUUAGAUCCUAAAGCCAUUCUUUUUUUUGUAAGCCCUGCUAAAUGGUGUUGCAAAGCACAGUGUUACAUUGCUGUGUUAGCUAGUUAGAGGUCUGCACAUCUCAGCAUCAGGGCUUUGAACCAGACCAGUUCAUAUCUAUCUACAGCGCUCCUAUCGGACCAGUUUACUGUCUACUGAAGCUUCUGGGCACUUUACCUUUGAAUUCAGGGAUUUUUCUUUUCUCCAUUUACCAGAUGCUGAUCUUCCACUAUAAUUCUAGACAAUGUUUCAUAAUUAGGCCUUUCUUAUUGAAAUACGAGUGGCUUUUAUGAAAGAUGUUAGGUGCUUCUAAAACUUGAUAUUUAUACAAGCUCCUGUAUGAUUUGUUAGACUGUGAAAUUUGGUUUAUCUUCAAUUGUAUCAUGUUAUGGGCAGUGCUGUCUGGUUGGCUUUUAAGUCUGUUGUAGGAAUAUGACUGCUAAGGUAACCCAUAUAAAUAUACUAUAAUGCAUGCAUGAUCUACUCUAAUGCAUAUAGGUCUACUAUGUGGCUUUCAAGGAACCAUAGGCCAGUACUGUUGAACUUGGAAAUGUAUGAACAAUUUAUAUAGAUAUACAUAAACUAGAUGGAUGCAUAACUGUAUUUGCCAAAGAUCGCCCCCCUGUGUCUUCAGCUAUGCUCUUGUAAUGUUCUAUGCUGCAGUGCUAUAUGCAGAGACUGUAAGAUCUAUACAUGGAAUGAUUCUGCUGACAGUGUUAGUGAUGGUUCAGUACCAGGAUGUGGAUGAACACAGCAGCUGUGGGCACAGCUUGGAGGAGAUGGGAUGGAACUGACAUGUUAUAAUGAAAGACUUUGCUAUAUUCUAUUUAUAUUAUUGAUGAUGCAGGUUUAUUUUUGUAGGUAACUGUUUAUUUUUGGAUUGUUACCAAAUGUGGCCUUUUUCUUCUGUAAAGGAUUGAAUUCAUCUAUUAAAGUUUGAAUUGUACAA